AUGUUUGCAAUAACAAAACUGACAAAGAUUACAUUUCCAAGAGCAUUAAGGAAAAUACAAGUAUAUACCUUCUUGAGAUUAUAUAAUUUGAAUGAAAUCACUUCUAAUUCUCCAAAUUACGUUGUUUACGAUGGUAUUGCUUAUACCAGUGAUUUUCAGACGGUUGUUCGAGUUUGUAGCAAUACUACUCAUCAAAUAGUACCAUCUGUUCGUAUUUGUGAUGAUUGCAGCGUCUUUUCUGGAUGUUUGUUUGAAUCUUAUACAAUUGAGUGUCGUCUUGAAAAAUUAGGUAACUCAAUGUUUCGUUUGUGCCCAAAUUUGACUUAUCUUGAUAUUUCCAAAUGUAUUUGUACAUAUUUACCAACCGGAUUUGUUGAAGCAAACACUAUGAAAACUUUAAUAUUACCAGAUACCAUAAGAAGCAUUGGUGACUGGAUUCUAAGAAAUGGUGACAUUUCAACAUUUGUCAUUCCCUCAUCAGUUACAAGUAUUAAUCAAAAUUCUUUUGGAAAAGCAAGUAUUUCGGAGUUUGUUUAUUGUGGGAUGACAAAUUUAGAAGGAGAUGUUCUCAAAACAAAUGUGCAGAUGAUAUUAUCCCAAAAAUAUCCAUAUGAAACAUUCCUUGGAAGAUCAACUAUAUCAAAGACAUUAGAAAACUGUCUUCCUCCAAGAACACCAAUAAUGACUCCAUCUCCUACACCAAUUUGUUAUCAUAGUGUUAGGAUUAUGAAUUGCAACAUAAAAUUUUCAAAUUACUUAGUUUUUAUUUCAAUGUUUCUAAACUAA